AUGUAAGAUUUGCAUGACUAGAGAAAUGAAAAACAACUCAAAACACUUUUUUAAAACUUUUCUCAGAGAGAACUUGUUCAAGGCAAGGCGUAGGCUCCCCACACAUUCACUGUCACAAGAGAGAGAUCAAAGGUGAAAAAAGGAAUGGAUGUGAGAAAAAUAGUAGUGGUAGUAGAAGAUGUAGAGGUAGCAAGAACAGCUCUUGAAUGGGCUCUCCACAAUCUCCUUCGCUAUGGAGAUUUGAUAACUCUUCUCCAUGUGUUUUCAUCUCCCUCAAAUUCAACAAGCAAGAAGAAGAUGAGGCUGCUUCGUCUCAAAGGCUUCCAGUUGGCUCUCUCCUUCAAAGAUAUAUGUAACAGCAGCUUCUUUAAUACAAAUGUUGAGAUUAUAGUAACAAAAGGGGAUCAAGAAGGAGGGACAAUUGCAGAUUUGGUGAGAGAGAUGGGUGCCUUUGCUCUUGUUGUUGGACUCCAUGAUCAGAGCUUUCUCUACAAGUUGGCAAUGGCCCACAGCAAUAUUGCAAGCAACUUUAACUGCAAAAUACUAGCCAUCAAACAACCAGCUGCAAUACCAUCACUGAUAACCAUGGCGACGCCUAUGGUACUCAACAGUUUAACCAACAUGGACUUGUCAAAGAUCGAGAUUACUACAUUAGAGGUUCCCGACAUGCCUUCACCUAAAGUUACAUAUAAAAUCUGUCCAGAUCCAUAUGCAAUAAUUUGGAGAUGGAGGAAGUCCAGGAGGAAGAGCAGCUUCUAAAGGGUGGCCUGGUUUGAAAUCAUCUCAAAUGCACAAUUUCUGCUGUUCUUAGCUACAGCCUACAGUAAUUUUUGGACUUGUCAAGGGCUAUGGUUUCUAGCUCUUCAGGCUUGUCUCACAUAGUACAUGUCUUGGACUAUGAUCUCUAGCUCUUUUAAGACUUGUAUCACACAUCACAUCACAGCAUACGCAUGAAUAGUUGAAUUGACAACAAAUGGUUGAUUCUGCUUACAAUAUUCCAAGUAUUGAAAGAUUUUUAUCUUGUCAUGGUCUUUGCACAGGAAGCAAUGAAAGCUAUCGCAAUAAACGAAAUCACAUGUUUAGUAAUGAAGUAUCAGUGUCUAUCUCAUAAUGUCGU